CUCCGCCCCCCCUCCCCCCCCCUUAUAAAUAGCGCGCCCCCCGCGCGCGCCCCCUCAGAACCUCCGCGCCCCCCGCGCCGUGAGGAGCCGCCGCCGCCGCCAUUAUGGGGAGGAAGUCGAGCAAAGCCAAGGAGAAGAAGCAGCGGCGGCUGGAGGAGCGCGCGGCCAUGGCCGCCGUCUGCGCCAAGGUCGAGGCCGCCAACAAACUCCAAGAUCCCCUCGAGGCCUUCCCGGUGUUCAAAAAGUACGACAGGAACGGCCUGAACGUGUCCAUCGAGUGCCGCCGCGUGUCCGGCCUGGAGCCCUCCACCCUGGACUGGGCCUUCGAGCUGACCAAGGCCAACAUGCAGACGCUGUACGAGCAGAGCGAGUGGGGCUGGAAGGAGCGGGAGAAGCGGGAGGAGCUGCGGGACGAGCGCGCCUGGUACCUGCUGGCCCGCGAGCCCGGCGCCGGCCCCGUCGCCUUCUCCCACUUCCGCUUCGACGUCGAGUGCGGCGACGAGGUCCUGUACUGCUACGAGGUGCAGCUGGAGAGCCGGGUGCGGCGGCGGGGCCUGGGCAAGUUCCUGCUGCAGAUCCUGCAGCUGGUGGCCAACAGCACGCAGAUGAAGAAGGUGAUGCUGACCGUGUUCAAGCACAACCACGGCGCCCUGCAGUUCUUCCGCGAGGCGCUGCAUGGCCGGGGCCGGGCGCCGCGGGCAGGCGGGGCAGGGGCACAGACAGAGGUUCGAGGUGGACGCCACCUCCCCCAGCGUGUCCGGCUGCUGCGGGGACGAUUCCUCCUACGAGAUCCUGAGCCGCAGCACCAGAUUCGGGGACCCCCACCCCGGGGGGGGCCCCUGCGCCGGCUGCUGCCACUGAGCCCCCCCAAAAGCAGCCCCGGCCCGGCCUGGCGGGACCCCGCGGGCGGGUGACAAAACGCCCCUUCCCCCCCCCCCCCCAGCAGCAGCGCGGCUUUUGGGGCGGAAGGGGAUUUUUGCGCUGGAUUCUUAUUUUAAUUUUUAUUUUAUUUUAUUUUUCUUUUUGUGUUUGUUGUUUUUUUUUUUUUUUUGUUUUGUUAUUUUCAGCCGUUCUGUUUGUACGGGAUAAAUAAAAAACGAGGAAACUUUA